GCCCCUUUCCUCUUCUUCGCCCUGCCCUGCUUCUUCUGCGUCUUACUUCUUCUUCUUCGUCUUCUUUCUUCUUCUUCCUUCAUCGAUUUCUUGGUUCAUCUUCUUCCUCUUCGUCUUCGUCUUUUUCUUUGUGUUCUUCUUCACCAACUGACUGACCUCCGCCCUACACCCCUGAAAAUCGCACCUCCUCACUGUCUUCGGCCAUCGACCGCGCUCCACCGCUGCCCGCAGACGUCCUCAAACGCAAACCUUAGCUUUUCCUGUGUGUCAUACCUGCCAUUGAGGGACAACGUACUUUUCGGCAGAAGUCUAAGCGUCGAUCCAAGGUUGCUGCAUUGUAGUAAUGGCAAGAACCAAGCGUGAAAGGCAAUCUAUAUUGCAAGAGGUUGGAGGUUCACCACUCCGACGGGUCACAAGAGCCCUAGCACGCAGUAGCCCCAAGACAACCAAUCACCCGGAGGUUAGUGCACCCUCUCCACCGAAGCAAGUUGGUCCUAAACGGCUAACCACUAGACGCAAGGGUGCCCAUGUCUCACCUCUUUUGGACCGCUUAAAAUCAAUUACUGAAGAGUGGGAGAGAGAGCGGGAUGCUCGGACGGCAGCAAGGGCAGAUGCAUCCUCCGUUCGAUGUCCUUUAUUGCAGGAUUCACAGGAGCCAGAGCAGACGGUGAUCGGCGAUGUGAUGGAUGAUGAUACGAUAGGCCCUACACAGGGGAUGGAAACAACUGGCCCCAUUACGUUGGGAAUAAACCAUGCGCCGGUGGAUGAAAUCGAAGAACCUCCGGAAAUGGAUGAAGAUGAUCUCACCCAGAGGGAUGAACCAGCUGAGACGGAAGAUCCAAUAACAGAAACUAAGAGGGGGCGGGGAGCGGCCAAGAUGCCUUGUGGAUGGGGUGGGGACACCCCAAUGACUGUGUUUAUGGCCAGGGAUGGCAGAAGCAUCAUCGGGCCAGAUGUGAAGGAUUACAAAAGUGGAGUUGGAGUCAUCGCCAGAAAUGGGAUGCGUCUUCCAUUACGGUAUUCGAGUUUCUAAGCAAUUCCCGAACAAUUGCGGCAAGGUGCAUGGAUUGAGAUACGGGACAAUUGUGGGCUUCCGGAUUCGGCAGAGAAGGUCGUUAUGGCUGACCUGAAGGAUGUCUGGCGCCAUUGGAAAUGCAUCAUCAAGUCUACAUACUUCGCACCACACCAGAAUGAUGACG